AUGUCCACCGUCACCAAAGUACACGCCAGACAACCCUUUCCUCCUCCCCAUCGCCCCUUCUCUUCCUUGCAUUACCAUAUCUCGCAUCUAUCUUCUGUUGAUGGAUUGACGAUCAUACGUAACCCUACCGUUGAGGUCGAUGUCCACACCGAAAAAGGCCGAUUCAGAGCCCAAGUUCCAUCCGGUGCUUCUACCGGUGCUCACGAGGCCAUUGAAUUGAGAGACAAAGGGUCAGACUACGUCGGUAAAGGUGUCCUCAAAGCCGUCAAGAACGUCAACGAAGUCAUCGCUCCCGCUCUUAUCGAUGCCAAGAUCCCUGUCACAUCCCAAAAGGAAAUCGACGACUUCCUCAUCAAACUUGACGGUACCGACAACAAGGGUAAAUUAGGUGCCAACGCCAUCCUCGGUGUUUCCAUGGCCGUUUCUGAAGCUGGUGCCGCUGAUCAGGGUAAACCUCUCUACGCUUACCUUGCCGGUCUUGCUGGUGUCUCCGAGCCUUACGUUCUCCCCACCCCCGCUUUCAACGUUAUCAACGGUGGUUCUCACGCCGGUAACGCCCUUGCUUUCCAAGAAUUCAUGCUUCUCCCCACCGGUGCUUCUUCCUUCACCGAAGCCUUGAAGAUGGGUUCUGAAACCUACCACACCCUCAAGAAGGUCAUCACCAAGAAAUACGGUAUUGAUGCCGCCAAUGUCGGUGACGAAGGUGGUUUCGCCCCUAACGUCUCUGGUGCUGAGGAAUCCCUUGACCUCCUUACCGAAGCUAUCAAGCAAGCUGGUUACACCGGUAAAGUCCAAAUCGGUCUUGAUGUCGCUUCUUCCGAAUUCUACAAGGAGGGUAAAUACGAUCUUGACUUCAAGAACCCCAACUCUGACUCCUCCAAAUGGCUCUCGGGUAAAGAACUCGCCGACCUCUACAACUCCUACGUCGACAAAUACGAUAUCAUCUCAAUCGAAGACCCCUUCGACCAAGAUGAUUUCGACGCCUGGACCCACUUCACCACCACUUCCAAGAUCCAAAUCGUCGGUGAUGACUUGCUCGUCACCAACCCUCAGAGAAUCAAGACUGCCAUCGAGAAGAAGGCCUGUAACGCUCUUUUGCUCAAGAUUAACCAAAUCGGUACCAUCUCUGAAUCCAUCCAAGCCGUUCAACUCUCUCAAUCUAACGGUUGGGCUGUCAUGACCUCUCACCGAUCUGGUGAAACCGAGUCCACCUACAUUGCUGAUCUCGCCGUUGCUCUCAAGACCGGUGAAAUCAAGACUGGUGCUCCUUGUCGAUCCGAACGAGUUGCUAAAUACAACCAACUCCUCCGAAUCGAAGAAGAACUCGGUGAUAAAGCCAUCUACGCUGGUUCCAAAGGUUUGAGCAAGGGUACCACUGCCCCUGAACUCAAGGACAACUAA